GGUGUCAGCAGCUUGUAUAAAAGGUCUGCCUCCCCCGUGAGAAAAACCGAAUGGAUGUUGUAGACAAGGGACAGGACUCAUGAGAAGUAACCAAAGAAAAGCAAAGACCUGAUCAUUUGGGAACUAGGAAUUCAUUCCAGACCAGAGUGCCUUCAGGGGACUGCCGUCCCUGCCCCGCCCACUGAAGACAUGGCUAGAAGAUUGUCACACGGGAAAAAGAGUGGGAAGCAGUAAACUAAGAUGUUCAUGGUGGGAAAUUGCAAUAAUUUUCACCUUCUGCCUUACGAUUUUCCAUGCAGCACAGAGAAAAAAAAAAAACACUGGAUCAACGUUCAGAAGAUUUCCGGUUCGCACUCUGUCCCUCCACGAACUGGCUGUGUGAUCCCAGAGCGCACCUCCUGCUGGCGGGACCUUGGCCACAGGCCGCCCAGCGACCUCUGGUGAAGAUGAGUGGCUGCGGGAGGAAGGCCCUGACCCUGCUGAGCAGCGUCUUUGCUGUCUGUGGCCUGGGUCUCCUGGGCAUUGCGGUCAGCACUGACUACUGGCUGUACCUGGAGGAGGGCGUGGUCCUGCCCCAGAACCAGAGCAUGGAGAUCAAGAUGUCCCUGCACUCCGGCCUGUGGCGUGUCUGCUUCCUCGCAGGUGAGGAGCGGGGCCACUGCUUCACCAUAGAGUAUGUGAUGCCCAUGAACACCCAGCUGACAUCAGAGUCUACCGUCAAUGUUUUAAAAAUGAUUCGUUCGGCCACACCAUUCCCUCUGGUCAGCCUCUUCUUCAUGUUCAUUGGGUUUAUCCUGAGCAACAUCGGACACAUCCGUCCCCAUAGGACUAUACUGGCCUUUGUCUCCGGCAUCUUUUUUAUUCUCUCAGGCCUCUCUCUGGUGGUGGGCCUGGUGCUCUACAUCUCCAGCAUCAACGAUGAGAUGCUCAACAGGACCAGGGACACGGAGACCUAUUUCAACUACAAGUAUGGGUGGUCGUUUGCCUUCGCUGCCAUCUCCUUCCUGUUGACAGAGAGCGCUGGGGUGAUGUCCGUGUACCUGUUCAUGAAGAGGUACACCGCCGAGGACAUGUACAGGCCUCACCCCGGCUUCUACCGUCCCCGUCUGAGCAACUGCUCCGAUUACUCAGGCCAGUUCCUGCACCCGGACGCCUGGGUCCGGGGCCGCAGCCCGUCUGACAUCUCCAGUGACGCCUCCCUGCAGAUGAACAGCAACUACCCAGCCUUGCUCAAGUGCCCCGACUAUGACCAGAUGUCAUCCUCCCCCUGCUGAGCCUCACCGCCUUCCUCCCUGGACUGUGGACAACCAGACGGCCCUUCCCAUCCUCCCCUGAUGGUCUGUGAGCCCCAGGCCCUUGGUUGACAGGCCCAGGCUGUCCCCACCACGCUUCGCUCUUGUCCCUUGUCCCUUGACCCGUGUCGUCUCCAAGCUUCCCCGAGAGCGGCCCUGGCUGCCCCCAGCGUGGGGUCAGGAGUCUGGAGCCAGCGGACAAGCUGAUCGGCUGAGGGUGUGGGCGUGGCCCCGCCUCUCGGGUGCCAAUCACUCCUGCGGCUCUCCCCUUCCUUGGGAGACGUGGCUGUUCCAGCUGUGUUAUCUGUCCCCACACACCUUCCUCCGUGGCCCCAGGCCGAGACGAGCUCUGAGAUGCCGAGUUCCUUACACAGACCCAGCCGGACCUGUGUGCCUGCCAUAGCGUGGCCCCCGUGUUCCUGUUCUGGACCAUCAGGGCGAAAGGUGAAUCUCUUACGGAGGUCUGGCUGGUUCAGAAUUGCCAAGCAGUGUUCCUCGUGAAAUCCCUUACCCGUUUACGUUACCCACGUCGGUCCGCGCGACACGCCGUCCUGUCCUCCCCGCCCCCCCUCCACCCCAUAGGCUGUGAAUCUUCUGUCCUCUCUUCCCACCAGGACUCGGCUGCCCCAGCCUUGGUCCCUACCGGGCUAAGUGGGGGUGGGGUGGGGGGGGGGAUUCUGAGGCUACUCUGAGAAAGUCACAAAGAGGUGUUAAUGGCUGAUGAUGUCUUAAUAUGUAUGGCCCCUCUACCGUUUUUAACAGGGGUCUUUAAUGCCUUAACCCAAGAAGUGACUCUGACAAGGAGAAUUUCAGACUUUGGCUGGUCCGAGUUAGUACCAUCAGGCACUGUUUCAGGCCCUGGGGAUACUGCCCCUGCUCAAAUGGGCAGUAUUUCCUGUCCAAGGCCCUAAAAUAGAAUCCUACAGACACACGUCUAUACCACCUAAGUAGAAGGCAGCUUUCAAAGAGGCUGCCUGGGAUUUGGAGCUGGAUCUGCCAACACCUGGUGCAUUUUGAGUCUAAGCAAGCCAGACUUGGAAGGAUCCAGCCGCUCUCUGUGAACAUUUGGGGGUUGCCCUUUAAUCCUAACACAGGGCAGCAUCUGCUUCCUGGACUUGGGGCCUAUGUCGGCCACUAGAUGGUUCCAGAUGAGGCAUGGUGAUGCCCGUUUCCCUAGUAGCAAAGCUGGGCUGGGAGGUACCAGGCCGUCUCCAUGAAAUGCAGCGGGCGGGUGAGGAAAUCGAUAGAAGGGCCGCCACAGGAUGUGACCCCAGUUCUCCAGGCAAAUUCUCAGUGUGUGUAGUUCUGGUUUUGAGAUUGUGAGUAGCGAAACAAAGCCAGGCUCUCUGCCAUGUGUUUUUUUUUUGCAUUGCCAGCUUUUCGGUCUUUCUCUUGCUCUCUUUAAGAUAGCAUUGGCUUCCAGGUUCGCAGGGCCACCGCGGGCAACACGUGGGCCCUGGAAAGCUGUACCAAAAACCACACACCUGUGGGUACGGACUUGGAAAGGACAGUCUAUUCGUUUUCUAGAACUGUCGUAACAAAACACCGCAGACCCGAUGGCUCAAAACACAGACCGUUAUUUUCUCACAGCCCUGGAGACCAGAAGUCAGAGAUCAAGGCGUCAGCAGAUUCGCUUUCUCUCCCUGGCUUGCAGAUGGCCAUCUUCCCGAUGUGUCCUCACAGGGUCUUUCUUCUGCUUGUGUGCCCACCCCUGGCGUCCAAAUUCCCUUGUAUAAGGAUGCCAGUCAGAUUGAAUUAGAGCCCGUCCUGAGAGAGCCCGGUUUUACCUUCAUCACCGUGUAGAGGCCCUGUCUCCAAAUACGGUCACAUUCUGAGGUUCUGGAGGUGAGGGCCUCAACACACUACUUUGGGGGCCACACAAUUGAACAGGUACGGGCAAGUUGCUUCGUAGCUGGAUUAUCACACCUGCUUCACAGCACAGUAGAGAAGAUCAGAGAAGGCGAUUCUGGUCCCAGCUCAGCCACUCACUCGGCACGGAUCCUUGGGCAAGCCCGUCUGCUCUGAGGGGCUUGGCCUAAAUUAUUUUCAAGCCCCCCGCUUCGCACACACCCGCCCCCAACUCCAUUGAUUUAGCCUCGUGUAGAAAGCUCCAGAAUGCCAUCAUACGUGACUUUUCAAUCCUUGCCUUGAAACUGAUAGCAACUAUAGACCCAACCCAACUUUCCAGUCCAUUGGCACCUUGCAAAUGACCAUCACACUCUGGUUACUGUUUACAGAAUAAAACGGAAACCACAUUCUUCUCCUCAGUAGAGGCAUCGGUCAGUGUACAUGCAGACCAGUAGGUAGCAUUUCCGAACUGGACCGCUUGUUUAGAUGUGCUCUUCUCCGGUUUUUGUCAAUGUGAUCACCCUCCUAAGAUGCACUUUCCUGUCCCUCAUUUCCCUUUCUCUGUCACUGUACUGAGCUUGUUUUUGUGCACCUGGAAAAAAUAGAAUCCACGCCUAAACACGAGCUGAUUGUUGACUGACGUCAUUAGGAUGGGCCUUUAUUGGCCUGGCUGCUGGACUUGCUAAGCCAGGAAGCUCUUACCUUGGGAACAUACAGCUUCUGCUUCUCUUACGAACAGGUUCUGGGUCAUCGUCCUCCUUCAUGCGGGAGGGGGGAAGGUUAUCGAUCAUUGUGGAACCAUUAUGGCUUCCUUUCCGUCCACACACGAAUCUCAGAACUGGGGGUCUGUUUGCAGCCUCCCCACAAUCAAAUAUUAAACUGUGUAAUCUCAACUCAGAAAUCAUAAUCCGGCUCCUUUCCCAGUGCCCUUGCUGAUCUCUUGUUUCCUCAAGAACUCAAAAAAACACAUUGAUGAGAUAUUUUUUUCCUCCCCCUCCAACACUUGAAGAGGGAGGGUAAUGAACUGAAGUCUGAUAAAUUGGAGAGUAAAAGCACUCAGGGUCACCAGUGGUUGGGCAGGAAUAAUUCCACUGCUGGCUCCCUCCCACAUGGAACUCACCAGCCUCCUCCUUGCCCUGGGGGGGGGGGGGGGGGGGACUCCACGACACCCUCUGUCCCACCAGAUGGCCUUCAGAGGAAUGGGGUGUUAUUAGGACUGUGGACUGAGUUGAUGGGGAGGCAUUUGGGGGCAAAUCCCCAAGUGCCACCAGCUUCUCAGUGAUGUGUCGGGGGGGGCCCUUCCUUAAUGUUUGGGUAACUCCUUUCUCCCCACAUAAAAGUGGUGUAUUGGGGUUCUCCAGAGAAACGGAACUGAUAGGAUGCACCUAGAGAUUUAUUUUAAGGAAUUGGUUCCCAUGGUGGUGGAGGCUUGGCAAGUCCAAAAUCACCAAAAUCAGAUGGGGGAGGCCAGCGGGCUGCAGACUCAGGGAAGAGUUGCAGUGUGAGUCUGAAGGCCAUCUGCUGGUAGAUUUUCUUCUUGCUGGGGGUAGGUCAGUCUUUAUUCUAUUCAGGCCUUCACCUGAUUGGACGAGGCCCAGCACAUUCUAAGAAAGAGUCCGUGUUACUCAAAGUCCACUGCCAUAAAUGGCAAUCUCAUCUGAAACACACCUUCACAGAAACUGCCAGAAUAAUCUGGGCACCGUGGCCCAGCCAAGUUGACACAUUAAAUGAACCACCACAGAUGGAUAAAGGGCAGAUGAGAUCCGGGGAAAUGGUAUUCCGUCUUAAGCAUUGCAGGGUAGGGGGGGCGCCUGCGUGGCUCAGUCAGUUGAGCAUCCGACUCUUGAUCCCAGCUCAGGUCAUGAUCUCACGGUUCGUGGGACUGUGCUCCUCGUUGAGCUGUACUCUGACGGUGAGCGCCUGCUUGGGCUUCUCUCCCUCUCUUUCUGCCCCUUCCCCACCCUCUCUCUCUCAAAGCAAAUGUAUACACUUUAAAAAGAAGAAUUGCAGGGUAGGUGUGAGAUACAGGAGUAGGGGGAGUCGGCGCAUCUCUGCUCACCCAUGCACGCACGUGUACGGCCACGCCCAGGGCUCUGUUCUUUCGCAGGCUGUCCCUCCAGCCGAAGCCAUCUCCCUGACGAGUGCGUGGAGCACGUUUGCAGCUCUCGCAGUGUUGGCUGGUAUCCUACACUCAGUGAAUACACGCUCCCAUGCUAACACAACCCUUGAGAAGUUUCCCAGCCUCUGGAACACAAACACUCCGUGAGUGGGAACAGGUGAAAGUGGAUUCCACCGAACGUGCCAGAUGGGCCAGGGCCCAGCCUGCACUGCAAGUGUGAAGUCAGCCAUGGCACCGAGUCUCAGAGGCCACCACGGUGCAGACCUGACUCUCCCCAAGGGGGUGGAAGGUGGUGAGCCGUAGCUGGGCCAAAGCCCCCCCCCUCCCCAGGACCCAGGAUGGGCGCUGGGGCCUCAGGCCCUUCCUUCUGGAAGAAUUCUGUUUGCUGGCUUCCCACCUACAACUGCACUGGGAUCCUAGUGACCUUGGACAGGUCACACCCUCCCGGGGCCUGUCUCGGCUUCCUCAUGUGUACUAAAGGCCGAUCUCCCCGUCUGCUUCUGAGCCAGACUUUUCUGCCCGGGUCGCCCGUCCUUGGGUGUUUGCAUCCAGCGAGGCUUCUGCUCUGCUGGUUCCAGGGUGGCAAUGGACCUGAGUUCCCUGCAGGGCACUGCUCCUGCUCUGUGUAUUGAUUGUCAGAAGCCUAGGGACCUCCUUUUUUCAUUCCUACAACGAGGGAGUUGGAUAAAGUCAUCUGCAGGUUCUGUCUCCAGCUCAAAAGACUAAGUUCUGUAGGCAAAAUCCAACCAAGCUCAAAUGAUAGACCCCCAGCCUCUGCCUCCUGCCAAGGGCACCCAGAUGACACCCCCAAAGAAUGCAGAAUUUAGCAAAGAGAGCACGUACUCGGGGGACCUCAAGGAAGAACAAGAUUGUGUAUGAUAGAAUGCAAAUGACAGGCCCCAGAAUAGCGGGAGGGGAGAGGGGGGAGGUUUCAAAGAUGAACUCAGCUGUCCCCUUCUCAGCCAAUGGGAAUGGGAGGCAGUGGAGCUUCUCAAUCCAGCGUCUGCUCCCCUGGAUGGCGUUAUGGGAAGUGAGGCCCCGGUGAGCCAACUCCGGAGGUCAAGAGCCUCCAAGGGCUCAAGGUCAAGAGGCAACACUUUCGUGCCAAAAGAAGGGCAAGAAAAAUCUUUCCCAGCUGAAAGGUGCCCAAAAUGUGACUAUGUCUGUUAGGAGAUGAAAGUUUCCAGGUGGGAGUUGGGUGAGGGGAGGGAACUGACAGUUCCCUGGAAAAGCUCAUCCUAGAAAUGUCAUCAGGAGCUCAGUCUUGGCCUUGAUUGGCAGAUGAGAUGCUGGCCGAUUAUCCCAGUGGGCUGAGGGCUCGGGGAAUAGGAUCCGUGGCUUCCUCUGCUGAGUCCCAACCCAGCCUUUCCACCUCGGAGCUGGGCUUCAAGCCUCCAGCUACCCCCUCCAGGAAAACCAGUGGCACAUUUCAGGCCUCAGUGUCUCCACCCAUAAGAUGGACAGCCUCCUCGGCCUCUCUGCCCUGGGAAGGAGUGAGCCUGAGUGACAACUUAAAUGGGAAUCCUGGUAGUGCCCAGUGGAGCAGAUGUACUGGCUCAGGGCUGAGCACUGGUUCCGAGUCACCAUCUCUAUGCCCCAAGCUUAGCUGACUUGCCGUGUUUUCCCGGCCCUGCCCCACUCCAACCCCUCGUCCUGUGCGUAGCCUGGGAGAGGCUUUUUUCCCAUUCCUCUGGCUCUCUCCUCACCAGCAAGGAGCAGUUUUGGGGGGACGUAUCUGAUACCCUACUGUUCACUGACCUUGGCCUUGAGAUCCUCCUUUUUUAAAGCUGGUGGAGAUCAGAUUCUGACUUAUGCGCCGCGACGAAUAGGUCAUUUCAAUGGCAAGUAAUAGUUUGACUCAAACUGCUUUAAAUAGGAGUAUUUCUUAUCUUAACGUCAGGAAGGCCAGGAGUAGGUGUGGGUCCAAGGACUGGCUAAUUCAUGGGCUCAACGAUGCCAUCAAAAACCCAAGUUCUUUCCAUCUCUUGGUGGUGCCGCCAUUGACUUUAUCCUCAGGUUGGCAGCAAUGCCAAGGGUCCUAUCUAGAUACAACAACAUCAGAAGGAAGUGAAGGACUAUCUCUUCUCCUGUGGCUUUCUUAGGAAGAAAGACCAAUUUCCCAGAAGUCUCCACCUCUGGGGUCAUGUGCCCAUUGAUAAACCACCAUCUGGCAAAGGGAAGGGGUGACCACAUACUCCAGUCAUCUAUUGAAAUAACGAGUUACCCCAAACCUCAAUAGCUUCAUCGCCAUCAUAUCACUAUUUCUGACACUUUGGGGGGCUGACUGGGCUCAGCAAGAUGGUUCUCACUCAGGAUCUCUCAAGGGGUUAGAGUCAGCGACUAUCAUCUUCAAAACUUCCUUGCUCACUUGUCUGGCAAUUAUGUCCACCGGGACCACAGCCAGGGCUGUCGGCUGGGACACCUAUGCACAGUCUCUUCACAAGGCCUGGUCUUCCUUGGAGCAUGACAGCUGGGGUCUGAGAGUGAACAUCCUAAAAGACAGGCAGUAUUGCCUUUCUUUGAAGUAACCUUGGAUGUCAUCCGGUGUCCUUUCCAUCAUAAUCACCAGAUCACCCAAAUGUAAGGGGAGAGAACGCAGAUCCUGCCAGUUUGAGACGUGAUGCACGUCAAAGUCCUCUUGUGAAGAGAGGGACAUGAGAAAGGAAUCUGUUGUGGCAACCACCUUAGGAAAAUACAAUGUGCUGCACUAUGAUUGGCUUUGACCAAUUGUUCUUCCAGUAUAGAUUCUGAUUUUGUUCUGAGCUGGGCACUGAGACUGUUUCUCUAACAAUUUCCAGGUGAUGUCAAGACUGUGCCAUGUUCUAGGCUCUAGGGACUGGGUUCCAGGCACAUGAGCUUUUUUUUUUUUUUUAAGCUCCUAAGGUGGUUCUCGUGUGAAAGCAGAGUUGAUAACCACUGGCUUCGAUCUACCAGGAUUUCCCCCUUCAGAUUGAGGAUAAAGCCCCUUCUGAGUCUGGUUGGGGGGUACUGCUUCCCAAACAAAGUAGAGGAAAAGAAGGGGAAAUGAUCCUGGGUGGGCAACCAGAGAGGCUAAAGGCCCAGGCAUCUUCCUUGCUCCCUCCCAACCCACGCAGACCCUGCCUCUUUAGACGAGGCUAUGCCAUGGGCAAGAUGUCAAGUCCAUGGGCACAUUCCUGGCCUCUCUGCUCCUGGGCCCUUUCCCUGCUGAGCUGGUACUCAUCGGGAUGCAGGAAGGGCCUGCCUUUGAGAAAGAGGACAGCAGUGCUCAGCAUUCUGGAGCCAGUAUUCUCUCUGCCCCCACUUUCAGGGCCAAGGGAUGGACUUCUGGCUCUGAGUAGGCCUUAGAUGCUCAGAAAUGACCUUACAGUCUCAGGGCUCCGACACAGAAUUUAAACCAGUCUUCAUCACUGGUCUUUGAAUAAUUCAUUUCACACUCAGCGAUCAUAAUAAGAACAAGGCUUAAGGGCUCUGGAGGUUUCUGAUCAGGCAAUAAAGAGACCAUGUAUGACAGUCUUCUCAGCAGACUGGACUUGGCUCAAUUUUUAUAUUAAGUCCACCCACAUCCACACAUCCACCUCCUACCCCGUAUUAGACACAAUAGAAUCCGUGUGAAAAUACUAUGGAGUCUAUUUUUUAAAAGACGACAACUAUGUGUUUAAAAUGUAAAAGUCCUCCUCAGGCUAUUUGUCUUAACAAAAUGGCCAAGAGGCAAAAUUAAACCAACCCAAGAGGCUCCAGGUGAGUACCACACAUUAAAUCCAAAGCAAUUCUCAGUGCCCUAAAUGAUCAAGGCUGGAUGGUGUCCUACGAGGUCAGUGGCAGAUUCGGGGAAAAAUGGAUUCACCAUCUUGAAUCAAGACACGGUUUCUUGUGAAUGUCAGUCUAAGGCCCUACGAGUUCAGCAGAGGGGUCAUCGCCAGACGUCAUCAUCAGCGUGCAUGUAAAGCCCUUAUUCAGAGCGUCUGGCACGUAGUAGGGGUUUUGCGAGCAUUCCUUCAUUUAGCCCUCUCAAUCCGGUUCGUGAAAGGACACUGACACUUAAAGAGGGUUGGGGGCUUGCUCAUAACCACACAGAUGAUAUUUGCGGUGCUCUGAAAGCCCUGUUUUAAUUGGUUGCUACCUGCAGUUCUAAAUGCCCCACACGGCCAAAGCGUCCACUUCCAUAAUCAGAGAAAUAGUCCAGGCUCCUGUUCGAAGAUUGAUGGGGAAGAAAAGGUCUCAAUAAGUGGGAAAGAAUGGUGAGGUGCCAUUUUCCUGAAAGCUCUCCAUUUACUACUCUCAUCUCUGCUGUAAAAACUGCUUCGUCCUUCACUCUCACACACAGCACUUACGACACCAGACGCAUGUCGGUUUCCCCACACCAAGCUGGGUGUCCCACAAUUCAAUUCCACUCUGACAUUAACCAGAGUUGGCGCAGACCCAACAGGUUAAGAGGGUUCAGUCCUGUGAGACUGUCCCCCACUUCUGAUGCCAACUACAAGAAGGUCUCCCGGUUACGCCCAACUUCUGUCCAACUUGGCUACAAAUCAGGGGUUCUUAUGACCUCACUCCUUGGAUCCAGUCACUUGCUAGAGCAGUUCACAGAACUCAGGGAAACACUUAAGCUUCCCAGUUUAUUAGGUGAUAAAGGUUAUGAUAAGGAUGCAGAUGAGCAGGUGGAUGAAGGGAUACACAGGGCGGGCGAGGUCUGGAAGAGUCCUGAACACAGGAGCUUGUAGCCCUGUGGAGUUGCAGUGUAACACCCUCUGGGCACAUGAGUGCGUUCGCCAACCCAGAUGCUCUCCAAAUUUCCUCCUUCGGGAUUCUUAUGGAGUCUUCAUCAUGUAGGCCUGGUCAAUCGUUAGCCCAAUUUCCAGCCCCUCUUCCCUGCUUGCAGGAUGGGGGGUAGGGCUGAAAAUUCCAGGCUUCUAAUCAUGCCUUGGUCUCUCUGGUGACUAGCCCCCAUCUUGAAGCUAUCCAGGAGCCCACCCAGGGUUGCCUCAUCAGAACAAAAGACUCUCCCAUCACCUGGGAAAUUCCAAGGGAUUUAGGAGCUCUGUGCCAGGAACCAGAGAAGAGACCACCAUGUGUAUUUUCUACUAUUUCACACAACCAAUGUUGGAAAUGGAUGUACAACUCCACGUUUUCCUGCAUGCUGGCCCCUCACUGCACUCUCCUCUUUUUUUUUUUUAAUUUAAUUAUUUUUUAAUGUUUAUUUUUGAGAGAGAGACAGAGACAGAGCGCGAGCAGGGAAGGGGCAGAAAGAGAGGGAGGCACAGAAUCCGAAGCAGUCUCCAGGCUCUGAACUGUCAGCACAGAGCCCCACGCGGGGCUUGAACCCACGAACCAUGAGAUCAUGACCUGAGCCAAAGUCGGACUCUUAACUGACUGAGCCACCCAGGCGCCCCUGCCCUCUCUCCUCUUGACAGCUCCUGGAGGAAGGCUCACAGCCCAUGUUUGGCCUGACUGGUGAGAGUGUGACUGGCGUCAUCCGGCUUGCCCAAUGACCUGAUCCUGACAGUGCUGGGGAGUCAGCCUCAGAUGCUGGCCAUGAGCACUCAGUGGACUCUGGCCUCCAGGCCCCAUUUUCCAGGCUGAAUCCCAGGACACUGUGAAGCAAAUAGCCAGUACAAGCACACGGAAAGGGAGGCCUUGACAGUCUGAAGCCCACCAGCUGGAGAGGAGGAGGGAAUAUUUCCGUUUGCUCAACAGAACGUUUCCUGAAACACCAUAUGUGUGAGCUCCCAUGCUGCUGGCUGCGUGAAGUGCAAAGGAAAAAGUGUAGCACAAAUGAAUUUUACUCCAACACUACUUAAGUGUGACAAAUGUCACCUUGUUUUUCUAAAUCAAAUUAAGUCUGACCUUGAGCCCCCCCUCAACUGGGUGGCAGGAAGUUCAGUGUCUCCAAGGGUUGCCCAAAAUCCCAAUGGGGAGGGCAUGACAGAGGCCAUCGGACAGCUGGAAUUCCACAGCCCAGCCCAGGGUAGGUGCUAGGGUCUCUGCAGAGGCAAGGACAUCCAUGCCUGGUGUCCAAUGGCCUCAGAAACACCUGCCUUGGGCCUGUGAGGGACUCUAGUCUCAACCACUCUAGGAUCCCACCUAUUACACUCCCUGAUUCAUUUCCUUCCCAGGAUGGGGACUGUCCCCAGAGUUGGCUGUUCUCCCUGACCUCUUCCAAGGACUUCCUUCCAGCCUGUCCCCUUGGAAAGAUACUCUGUAUUCUCCCUCAGUGGGUCCAUAGA